UUUUUCUCGCUCUAGACUUCCACCCUUUAUUUAUACGGAGCUUCAGCAGAUCUCAUACACGCCAUCUCACAUUUCCCAUCGUCCUCCACUGUGUCCUACACUGUCUUCUUCAAGCCACUAGCUCUCUCUCUCUCUCUCUCUCUGCUGGGUUUGUUCUUCAGCUGUUCAAUGUGUUCAUCAUAUUGAAUCUUUCCUCUUCUUCAGUCAUCUCGUUUCUUGGUUCCAUCAGUUCAGCCUUCAUCCGCAUAUAGAAAUUCUGAACUUUCAUUUCUCAACAAAAAAAAAGAGAAAGAAAGCCAGAAAGAUAGAAGUCAAAAAGGGGGCAAAAUGGAGGAUGUUGCUGUGUCUGUAGCUUCCAAAGUGGCAGAGGGCCUGGUGGCUCGAGUGGUUCGUGCAUGCAGCUACGUGAUAUUCUACGCCAGCUACCUUCGCGAACUUGAGGAUGAAGUUGCGAACCUGGAUAGAGCGAGGCAAAGGGUGCAGCAUUCUGUCGUCGAAGCUCAAAACAGCAUGAAGCAGAUUGAAGCCGACGUCGAGAAAUGGGCGACAGACGCGAAAUCCGUAGCCGACAAGGCGAGCGACAUCCAGGAACGCAACGAAAAAGCAAAGAAAACUUGCUUCUACGGGUGGUUUCCCAUUCCGAAGGCGCGUUAUGAUGUUGUCAAGGAGGCAAGGGAGACAGUCAAGGCCAUCCAGGAACUCAUUCCGAAGGGGCAAUUCAACAAGGUCUACUGUGAGAAUGCUCCGCCAGGGCUGGUUCCUGACGCUCGCAAUGUGAAUUCCUUGGCCGGUGACCGAGGCGCUCCGGACACGAAUUCCUUGGCCGGUGAUGGGGGUGAUACUAUCACAGAAUCGCGAGCUUCCAUCUUUCAGGGCAUAAUGAAAGCUCUGGAUGAUGAGAAGCACAGAGUGAUUGGAGUCUAUGGGCCUGGUGGCGUGGGAAAAACUACGUUGUUGGAGGAAGUCGAGAAGAAACUCAGGAAAGAGGGGAAACCUUUCCGCAUGAUUGUCAAAGCGAAAGUCUCACGGACUCCGGACUUGAAGAAAAUCCAAUACGAUAUUGCUUACGCCUUGAGUCUAAAUAUUCUGAAGGAUGAGCCGAGUGAAGAGGGAAGAAGAGAUCUUCUGUUCAAAAGAUUACAGAAGGAUCCGAGUGAGAAGGUUCUCAUAAUAUUGGACGACCUGUGGGCGGAACUUGAUUUGAAGGCAGUUGGAAUUCCUUUGGGAGACGAGAGCAUGAAAUGCAAAUUGUUGCUCACUUCGAGAGAUAAAAGUGUGCUGGAGCAAAAGAUGCAUGCCGAUCAAACAUUUCGUCUUGAAGGUUUAAACGACGUCGAAGCUUUCAGGCUAUUUGAAAUGACGGUCGGCGACAAGCUCAAAGAUGGGGAAUUGAAACAAAUAGCGGAUGAAGUAGUCAAGAAGCUCGCAGGUUUGCCUCUUUUGAUUAACUCCGUUGCAAGCACUUUGAAAUAUAGCGGACAGGCCGCAUGGAGAAUCUCGUCGAAAAAAAUUGAUGACUCAAAUACAGAUAUCAUAGUGAAGUUGAGUUAUGACCAUUUGAAUAGUGAGGACACCAAGUCCUUAUUCUUGCUCUGUGGUCUUAUCGGUGGGACCAUUCAAGUUGAAACUCUGUUGGUACUAGGCAUGGGUUUGGGCUUGUUUGAGGAAUUCAAUGACACGAUACAAGAUUUAAGGGAUAGAUUGAAUAUUGCGCUCAUUGAACUCCGUUCCGCUUGUUUGUUGUUGGAUGGCAACGACGAGGACAAUGUGACCAUACAUGAUCUUUACAGUGAGGUGGUCGUCUCGAAUGCAUUUAGUGGUCAACAUUCCUUAAUGAUUAACAGCAAUUACGGCUCAUGGCCAAAGGAAAAGCUUGAGAAAUGCUGGGCAUGCCUAGUAAAUGUUGGCAAUGAUAAGCUUGCUGAACUAAUGCUGUGUCGGUUUCCCCAUGUGAAGAUACUCAUGUUGUCGGAACAAUACGAGAUGGGAGAUUGCAGUAGAAUGGAUUUCACACAUAUGAAGGAGCUUCGGGCCCUAUGUCUUUGCUCCAUGUCUAUCACCAGUUUACCUUCUUCGAUGGAAAUUCUUGCGAACCUCCGGUCAUUAAGCAUACAUUGCUAUGUGGAGGACGUUGCAAUUCUUGGCAAGCUCAACGCAUUGCGGAUUCUCAGCUUUGCAGGGUCUAGAAUUUCUAGGCUGCCUAAAGAAAUCGGGGAACUAACGAAUCUGCAAUCGUUGAAUCUAAGCAACUGCUACUCGCUUCAGAUAAUCGAGCCGGGAGCCCUAAAACGCUUAAUCAACUUGGAAGAGUUACAUAUGAAGGGAAGCUUUGAUAAAUGGAUGGGCGGGCAUGAAAUACCGUUGGAAUCAUGUGGUGCUUCGCUUGCCGAGUUGAAGAGCUUGACAAAGCUAACAUCUCUGGAAAUAGCGAUUCCUCAUCCCAUCAUACUCUUGGAGGAUGGUGACCUGCCAUUUGGGAACCUGGUCAGAUUUUGGAUCGACAUAGGAAAUGCAAAACGGACGAGAUUUAAAGUUUUGAGAACCAUGGAGCUCAAAUUGGAAGGGUGCGACAAUAUUCUUUCAAGAGAAUGGGUUCAGAAAGCUUUGCAGAAGACUCAAUGCUUGAAUUUAUGCAAGUUGAGUGAAUUCAAAAAGAGCGCUCACGAAUUGUGCACCCAAGGAUUCCGAGAACUGAAGCAUCUCGACAUUGACGACAGCCCCUCAAUCAAGUACAUUGCCAACUCAUCCGACGGCCUCCCUCUCACUGCUUUUGUGAAGUUAGAGUCUUUGUUCCUUAAAAAUCUUAUUAAUUUGGAGAAGAUAUACCAUGGCACUAUCGCACCAGAGUGCUCCAGCAAAUUGAAAGCCGUAAAAGUCGAACAGUGCGGCCGAUUGAAAUACUUGUGGCGUCUUUCAGAUAUGCAAAGAUUUGUACGGCUGGAAGAGAUUGAAGUACGGGAUUGUGACUCAAUGCAAUCCAUUAUCACACAUAAUGCAGGAGAAGAAAUAGUUUCCGCCGACAACAGAGUUGUGUUGCCUAAAGUACGCCGUCUGGUAUUGGGUAAGUUACCAAAUAUGACAAGCUUUUGCGCCAGAGCUGAAAUGACAUCAGAGGAUACUCCAAUCCAAGUUUCAUUCCCUCUCUUGGAAUCCCUGAAGAUGGUUGGUCUCCUCGACCUGGAAAAGAUACUCUACGGUCAACCUCCAUUAGAAUACAGCAAUCUGAAAUCGAUAGAGAUAAGGGAGUCUCGAUCAAAGUCGAGUUUUUUUAAAUCAGAUUGGAUACUGAAGAUGCCGAAUUUGGAGUCAUUGGAAAUCGAGAGUUCUCCAUCAGCGGAAGCAGUUUUCGACCUGGGGGAGCUAAAAGUCACGAGAGAUGUCAAGAUUCUCACUUGGCUAAUGGAAAUGACAAUAAGGGAGUUACCCAACCUGCGGUGCAUGUGGAAACAUGAUGUAAAAUUACAAGGAAUAUCGGUAUUUCGGAGCCUAAAGAAACUCGUGGUCAUAAAAACGGGGCUGGCAUUUCUCUUUCCGGUGUCUGUGGCUAAAUGUCUUAGAGAGCUUAGAGACAUUGAUGUGAAGGAUUGUCCAAAUAUGAAGGCGGUGAUUGUGGAUGAAGAAGGAAGAGAUGAAGGGACAAAUGACGUUAUAGAAUUCCCACUCCUAAAGAGCCUACUUAUACGCAACUGUCCCAUGGAGAAAUUCUUCUCAUAUCCUCAUGGAAACAAAGAGCCAGUAACCGCUACUUCAGAUUCCCAAGAUGGUUACUCCGAUUCCUUCUUUGAUCAAAAGGUUAGUUUACCAAGCUUGGAGAGCUUAUGGCUUGAAUUAGUAGGAUCCUUCAAAAGGAUAUGGCACGGUGAUCUUCCCGAAAGUUCCUUUUGCGAAUUAGCCACCCUCACCCUUAUAAAUUGCUCUGAGCUAGUCAACGUCUUCCCUUCUACAAUCAUAGGGAGAUUGCACAACCUUAAUAGUGUCGAGAUUGCAAACUGUCCCUCCCUAGACUCAUUAUUUGAUUGUGGGUCCCUUGAUGCAAAUACUGAACAAACAACUGUAUUGCUCCCCAAAUUGGAACAAGUGAGAGUGACGAAAGCAGGAAAGAUGAGAAGCCUGGUGAAGAGCGACUCCCAAAUGAUUUGGGGCUUUCCUAGUCUCAAAAUUGUCAGUGUUACGAAUUGCUCCGACAUGAAAUAUCUCUUCCCCAAUUUCACAGCCACAACGCUAGAGAAACUCGAGAGGAUAGACAUUAGGCAAUGCGAACAGUUGAAGGAAGUGGUUCCUGAGGAAGAAGGCGGUCAAUCAAAGGUGGAUGUGAUGAGUUUCCCUUCCUUAAGACAUCUAAGCAUUUUGCAGUGCCCUAACUUUGGAGCGUUCAUCCAGAGUCCUACAAGUGUCAAGAGGCAGUUAGGCAAGACGGCCGAAGAAAAUGAUGAAUUCCCACAGCCAUUUUUCAAUGAGAUGGUUACAUUUCCCAAUAUAAGAAGUCUAGAAAUUGAAGGCGUUCAGUGCAAAGAGCUAUGGAACAAUCAAAUUCCCACCAAUUCCUUUUCGAAAUUGGAAUCUCUUUAUUUGAAGAACUGUGACAAUCUCCAACGUAUCACCAUGUCCCACAUGUGGAAGAGGCUGCAGCAUUGUCCCGAGAUCCUAGAAGUGAUUUUAUGCCGUUCGAUUGAGAUCAUUUACGAAGGUGAUGGGACGGAUACAGAGAGUGGUAAAUUGAGGAUGUUGAUUUUGCGUGAUCUCGAAAGCUUGAGGCACAUUUGGCGGUCCGAUGGUCUCCCAAACAUCCCGUUCCCAAACUUGAUAUACGUAGACGCCGUGAGGUGCUCCCGUUUGGAAAUGCUUUUCGCUACCUUCAUGGCAGAAUUUCUCGGGCAAAUCGAAGAGCUGGUGGUGGAGUCGUGUGAAGAUAUGGAACUAAUUGCUGGACAUGAAAAAUGGGAAGAAGCGACCCGCACGACAAUCACCUUUUCCAAGUUAACUGCUCUUAGACUUUUCGAGUUGCCGAAAUUCAGGAGCUUCUUACCUGAGAAAUACUCUCUAAAAUCACCGUACUCUGAGGACUUCCCAUCCUUGCGAGACUUGAGUAUGGUAAGCUGUGGAGCAGAGCCGGACCAAGGCACUGUUAACUGGGAAAGCCACCGAGCACGACGACGACAAAUCUGGAUCUUGGAACUUGAUGCAAGAUUGGAUCGGUGAACGGUGUUUGGCAAUAUAGAAUAAGGCGUCGGGUAUUCCUUCAAUAUUCGCUGCUUUGGUUUGGCUCCUGUCCCUUCGAAUCGAAAAUCAGUUUGUAUUAUAGCUAAUGCACAGUUCUCAGUGGGACCCACAUGCGCUCUGCAUCACGUGGCCGCCAACAGACUUCUCUGGCACUCUUCCUUACUCUCUCUCUCUCUCUCUCUCUCUGCAUCUAACGAUCCGUCGAUUCCGUUUUAUGCUCAGGCUCGGUGCGCUCUGCAGAGGGAGGGAGGGCAGAACAGAACAGAAGCAGAGCCACCUUCGCACACGCCAAAGGAGCUCAGCAAAUUCUCUCUUAGCCCUCGGCGAUUCCUUUUGAUCUUCGUUGUCCUCUCCAUCGCCCUCCAUCCACCAACAGCCACCGCCCAACUUUCAUCGCUAAGAGGGGGCAAGAACAGAGACCAUUGAUCGAAGGAGCUCGGGUGAUUUUCUGAGCGUCCCCAAGUCACUCUCUCGGUGAUUUCAAUUGAAUCCUUUCCCCUCGCUUCGUUGCUGAUGAUCGUCACCGGUUCCCCAUCGUCACCGGUUCUGCUGCCGCGAAGAAGUUUUGUAAUGCCGAAGUGCUCAAACGUUGGUCAUGACUGCCUGCUUCAACGAUUCCAUUCCUUGACGUUGCUUCUACUAUCUCCUUACUCAUAUAUCCGUUGUCGAUCGCUUUAGCUAAUCAUUCUUCAUUCAACUAAACCACAUUUCCUCUGUUUUCCGUUGCUUUAUAUACGAAGCAGAGGCUGGGAGCUAUUGCUAUUGUCUGUGUGAAAAUCGGUUAUUAUUCACGCUGUAUUGAUGAUUUGAUCUGGUGCUCCUUGGCCGAAAUGCAUACCACCUGUUUGAUGAAAUUCCUGUACUGAAUCAGUGUGUAUUUUGAUCCAGUUCUUGGCUGAGAAUUUCCUUCAUUACUAGAUUAUUGAUCUAUUCUGGUCAUAUAAGCGUAUUUGAGUUCUGUUUCUUCAUAAAUAAUCAUAGGUAUUCAAUUUCGAACUUGUUUUGGAUCUGCUUGAACCUUGUCAAUACAUGCCGAUUUGCGACUGUUGCCGCUCUGAGCUGAUGUCAAUUGGGCCUUGAUUUUAUGCCAUUCCACUCAAGUAAGCAUGUGUAGUGAUAUAAGAUUGUGUUAUGGUGAAUUCCAUGUUCCCUUGAAAAGAAAUUUAUGUCAUGAAUGAAUUAAAUUCUACUGGAAAUCGAUCCGUGUAUGCUAACUGUCUUGAUAUCUCUGAUUUGGUGUGCUUUUGAUUCCACGUUGAGGCUAGUUUGGUUAUGGGAUCAUAUAUGUUCAUGCUAGGAAAAACUAAUAUGGUGAAUUUGAUGCCAAUUUUACGAGAAUUAUAGCCAUAACUGAACUUGAAUAUGCUAGAAUCAAAGUAUUGCAUGCUGACCGUGAUUUCUUUGUUUAAAUUCGGAUCACAAUUUGGUCUUGGAUUGAUGCCAUUUUGAUCAAGCAGACUCAUACGCGCUUGUAGGAAGAUAUGGCUUCAAUUCAUGACAUUUAGUCAUGAAAGGAUCACAAUUGGCGGUCGUUUAUGCUCUGUUGCAAUUCUGAACAUGUGCUGGGAUUUGUGCAAUAGGGAUCAAUUAGAUGGAUUUUGUCUUUAGUUUGGUUGCCUUUUUUGUUGCCCGUGGAUAAGUGAUAUCGCGUGUGUGAAUAAAUUGAUGAGACGUGAGCUUGAUAUUGCCAUGAGAGUCUUGGCUUGAUAAAUGAUUUAGAGGACUCUGAUGUUAAAUUGAAGUUUAGUUCUAUGAUUCUUGUGAUUUCAAAGCAAACCCUCUACUAGUUUUAGAGCUCGGGGCAUCUACUUUUUUUUUUUUGUAAUAUUAAUUAUUUUUUAAAAAUAAUGACUUCGUCUAAAGGUGAUUAGGUAGACUAGUCCGAUCUGAGGAAAUCUCUCGACAAAACUGGUCAAUGAGGCCCCUCGAAAUAUUGCACGGACGGCACUUGCCAACAAAAUACCAAUAUUCUCUCCCUUUGCUUCGACGCUCACCAUUCAAGGCUUAUUUAUAAGAGUUAUAGCUUAAAUCUAAUUGAUCCUUCAAGUGCGUUUGUGCCAACAUACUGUGCACAACACCAAAUUCGACCUACUCAUUCAUGAUGUCCUUUCCUUCCUCGGAGUGUUCACUGGCCACUGCCGUUCAGAAUGAUGUUUCAAAGACAUGAUUUUUGUUUUCCUCCCUCCUUCAAAGAACUCGUAAAAGCAACCCUCAAGCGAGGUGGCCACCAGUACUACCAGUACCCUGCCCUUGAAAUCCAUCAAGACCCUUCCCUUAUGUUCCACCAGGAGCACCGGACCUCUCCUUCCUUGCUUGAUAUGGAUCCCUUCCACCGGUGGCAUAAUCCAUAUUGCUCAUUGGCAUGGGAUCUCUUCUUUCACCUUGCCUCUGGGGACCAUAACUUUGCUGAGGAGGAUAAAUUUGCAGAGCAUCCAGCUACAUAUGUCCCCGGUAGCCAAUAUUGAGUGCUUCCUUGUCGAUUCGGCACUUGACCUCCUUUCCGGUCUUAUCUAGGUUGGUCAUAGUUUCUAUUGCAUUCUACCUCCUGGCCUCCCAUACUUGAACUGGAGGUGGUCUAUGAGUAAUCAUUCAUUUUCAUACUUGUCACCGAAUGAUUUAGUAAGUUCAACAAAACAACAAGCGUUGCAGGGUCAUAAAUCAUAGGCAAGUUGAGCUUUUGGAUUUAGAGGAUGAAUGGAUUAAAUGACUGAAAAAUUGUGGUAGAGAUGUAUAGUAGAUGCAUUUAUGUGGAGUCAAUUCAUACCUCCGUGCUCCUUGCUUUGGGAAUCAAUGUAGAAAUAAGGUAAUAUAAAAGCAACUCCAGUUAGAUAUGUUUAUAGCUCAAAAUAUCAAUGCACAACGAUGAUGCGAUACUAAUCAUUCGUUGGUUGCGAUGGGAAACUUAACAAAGACACUUGCUUCUGAAAUGCUCCGCCUCUACUUCAGUCGUGCUACGUGCAUAUAUUCUCUUUUUUGCUUCCUCCAAACUGAAACACAGAGUAUCAACUAUCAUCUUAGCUUUGCAAUGUAGAUCAUGCCACGGUUGCCUAGGGACAUUGACAGUGGACUACACUCAUCACAAAAAGAAAUUAAUUCUCAUGACCAGAAAAUAGCAUAUCCGUGUUAUUACAAUGCUAAAUGUAAACAUUAGUUAAUUACUGCGAAUGUGGGGUUGUGAAUGUCAAUUUUCAAAGACGAUGUCAAGAUUGCUAUAGAGCCCGUGCUCAGGAGCGUCGUAUCGGCCAUCGCAUAGGUCCAAGCUACCAAUGAAAGCUGUUAUUUUGUGGUUUUUUCCAAAGCAAUUUAUUUGUAUGGAGAAAAAGUACACAAUAGAAACCCCCAUUUUAUUGAA